GUGUGUAACGGGAUGAGAGACCAGGAUUGACCAUGUGCAAUUACGAUGGCUGUGGUUGUGCGGUCCAAAAUCCGUUUACACUUUCUAAUGUUGACAUUCUUACCACUUCUGAUUCACUGUCGACCACAGACCGAGCAGGACUCCCGGCAAAAUCGCCACGGUGUGAAGGCUGAAGGGAAGGAAGUUGUUUACCCCGUUCGUUUGAAUGCAGAGAGUGCUAAUCAACAUGAAAUUCACAAAAGGGAUAUUACAUUUAAUGCAGAUGAUCUCAAUGAACAAAAAGUCGUGUAUAUGUUCCCCGCCUAUGGAAGGCAAUUUUUAUUUGACUUGAGUUUUACCAAAGAUUUUAUUUCGCCUGAAAAUGUUUUAGUAGAGAAACAUGAGAACAACUACACGUGGAGCGAGGACGGAUUUGAUGACAGUUUGGAAAAGUGUUUCUAUACUGGAACUGUUAAUAAUGAUACUUCCUCCAGGGCUGUGUUCAGCCUAUGUGAUGGCAUGUCAGGUAUGUUUGACAUGCAGGGAGAGAGGUAUACCUUGGAGCCGUGCUCUACAGAUGAUCCGAGCUAUAAGUCUGGAAAUAACAGCGAUAUCAAACCUCACUUCAUUUAUAAACAUUCUUCAUCAUUUAAAAAAGAUGCAGAUGAAUCUCAUUGUGCAGUUAAAGAAAAUUACAAGCAUACGAGGAGGAAAGAUAGUGUGGAUUCUAUAUUAAAAGACAAUAAAGUGUUAAAUAGUCCUAAUUUGUACAGUAACAAUCAUCCCCAUCCCUAUCAUCAUGUACAUAGACGUUCCGCUUCACUAAAAAGACAUUUAGAAGUCAUGGUGGCCGCCGACUACGAGAUGUAUCGGUACCAUGGCCGGGAUUUAGAAAAAUAUAUAUUAACAUUAAUGGCGAUAGUCAACAGUGUAUAUAAACAUUCAUCUAUAGCAAAUUUCAUCAACAUUGUAGUCGUGAAAAUCGUUGUAUUUAAAAGUGUAGAGGAUGGACCAAGAAUAAAUCAAAAUGCAGCUCUAUCAUUACAAGAGUUUUGUAAGUGGCAAUAUUCUCAUAAUAUUCAUGAUGACAACCACCCGCAGCAUUACGAUACUGCAGUAUUGAUGACCAGACAGGAUAUCUGUAGAUCCCCUCAAAAAUGUGAUACUUUAGGUUUAGCAGAGUUAGGAACCGUUUGUGAUCCAUUACGAAGCUGUUCCAUUAUAGAAGACAAUGGUAUCAGUGCAUCCUAUACAAUUGCUCAUGAACUUGGACAUGUAUUUAAUUUACCUCAUGAUGAUAAUUCAAAAUGCAAAGACUACCUGAAGGACAAAACAGAUCAUGUGAUGUCCCCAACCCUUGAUCACAACACGAGUGCGUGGUCGUGGUCUCGGUGCAGUGCUGUCCUGCUUACACGCUUUAUUGAUGCAGGUUCCACCGAGUGUCUGCUGGACAGACCUCGCAGGCGGAGUCGCUUCCCUUUAUCCCGUGUCCAGGCUAAUACUCCGGGCCAGAUGUACGAUAUAAACACACAGUGUGAACUCAUGUUUGGGCGUGGCUACAAAAAAUGUCCCUAUGAUAAGCUUGAAACAGAAUGCAAGAGGCUGUGGUGCACAGACAGCAGGAACAAGAGGAAGGGCUGUAGAACCCUACACAUGCCCUGGGCAGACGGUACUUCCUGUGGGAACAACAAGUGGUGUAGACAUGGUGUAUGCCGAGCAGAGCGCCCUCUGGUGUCGAUCAACGGAGGAUGGGGCCGCUGGGAAGACUAUGGAGAAUGCUCAAGGACAUGUGCAGGCGGUGUCAAGAAAGGCAUACGACAGUGUAACAACCCAGUCCCAGCCAACGGAGGCAAAUACUGCACAGGAAGGAGGGUCCGCUACAGGUCCUGUAAUACCAAGCCGUGCGGAGAUGACACUCCAGACUUCAGGGAUAUUCAAUGCUCCAGCCAUGAUAAUUCUCACAAACAUCGGGGCCUUCCAUCAAAUGUCCGCUGGGUCCCCAAAUAUGCCGGAAUUCGUCUAAAGGAUGCCUGUAAGUUGUACUGUCGACCGUCGGGAAGCGGUGCCUACUAUCUCCUGGCAGACAAGGUUCUGGACGGCACCAAGUGUGGACCAAAGACGCACGACAUCUGUGUCAAUGGCAAGUGCAAGAGUGCUGGCUGUGAUAAUCGUCUGGGAUCACGGCUACAGCUGGACAGAUGUGGGAUUUGUGGCGGAGAUAACACUUCAUGUUUUAUGGAGGAGAUCGUGAACCAGUUCAAGCGUAUCCCUAAAUAUGGUUACAACUUUGUGGCAGAGAUACCAUCCGGAGCCAAGAACAUUGUCAUUCAACAGCGCGGCUUUAUGAACCUUAAGGAGGAUGGAAACUAUCUAGCUCUUCGUAAUUCCACUGGACACUUCAUCUUGAAUGGUGACUUUGUGGUCAACACUGCUCGUAGGAAAAUUAUUGUUAAGAGUGCCAGCAUUGAAUACAGUGGGUCAGAUGCUGUCACGGAACAGAUCAACUCGACCGGUCCAAUAGGCGAAAACAUCACUCUAAUGGUUCUGUCUGUUGGCAAGCACUAUCCUCCCAACUUAGAGUACUCCUACAUGGUUUCCAUAGAAACCCAUUUUGUGUGGAGCCAGCAUCAUGGAGGGUGGUCAGACUGCAGUAGACUGUGUGAAGGAGAGCAAACUCGUGAGGUGGUGUGCGUGAGUGACGAUCGGGAACAUACCAUUGUGUCGGAUCGUAAAUGUGAACGACUUCGCCUCCCCCGGCCUCCAAAGGUUGUCCAAGCUUGCAACAUGAACUGUAACCUCAGAUGGCGUGUCGAACAGGAGGAGUGCUCAACACGUUGUGGAGAGGGGGUAGCUGUCCAGCAUGUGGCGUGUGUCAAGCGGAAUAUUUUGGGGGUAGAGGAAGAACUAGCUGACAGGGAAUGUGACCACCUUGGACCCCGCCCCGGGGAUGUCGUGUCCUGUACAGGGAAGUGUUUACCCACACACUGGCAGUAUGCUAGCUGGUCAGAGUGUACACAGACAUGUGAUGGCGGAGUACAACAGCGGCGAGCCACCUGUACAGACAUCAGUCGUAACGAGCUACCAGAGACGGAGUGUCACUCGGAAGAGCGCAUCAUCACACGAUCAUGUAACGAGGACCCAUGCCCCAACUGGCGCACAUUUUUGUGGACAGGGUGCUCUCAUACCUGUGGCUCUGGAACCAGACAUCGUAAAGUCUACUGUUUCCAUGGCGACAGGAAGGUGGAUGACAUGUACUGUCAGAACGAGCGUAAACCAGUGAGCAGUGAGCUGUGUAACCGUCAGAGGUGUCCUGAGUGGAGGGAGCGUAGAUGGGGAGAUUGUUCUGUUUCUUGCGGACAUGGCGUUUCGAAGAGGCGUAUCGAUUGCCGCCAUUAUCACGGAGAGAUAUUACCACAGGAACUGUGUGACCCAUCGUCCAAGCCUUAUCACACUCGUGAAUGUUACCUGCCUGUUUGUCCAACCACCACGACUACCACGACAACCACCACUACCAUAGCAACCCCUACCUCAACCACGGUCACGCCAACGACCACACCCACUACACAAACGACAACGGCACAAACUACUACAAGUCCGACUACCUCUACUACCACAGUGCCAACAUCAACCGAGGUAUCUACAACAACCGUGAGGUCCCUUACCACAACCAAACGACCAUCUACCACCAGAGCAUGGCCAAGGACUGCGGCCAGACUAGACGUUUCGUGGAAGAUUGGCGACUGGACCUGGUGUUCGGCAACUUGUGGCAAAGGAACAAGGUUUCGCUAUGUCAGAUGUGAGGACCGGUUUGGGCGCAUUCAAAAUGGUGCCCUCUGUAGGAACCAAGAAAAACCAUCCUCUCGUGAAACCUGUGUCAGAGCUGCAUGUGGAAUGUGGCGAUCUGGAAACUGGGGAGAGUGCAGUGCCUCCUGUGGAGAGGGUACAGCUACGCGCCAGGUUGUAUGUUACCAUGUCAACCGACGUCGUAUUGAUGAUGACCAGUGUGACAGUACACUUCGCCCAGAGACCAGUCGAACAUGUAAUGGAGGAGACUGUCCAACUGUUAGUGAGGAUACUUACGAAACUGUGGUGAUCACCUCCAACAACGUAGAGGGUACCACACAGUGGAGGGUAGGACCGUGGAGCCAGUGUUCGUCCACCUGUGGAACGGGUUGGAAACGUCGCCAAGUGGUUUGUCAGGAUGAGCUCGGAGCCAGCGACAAGUGUGACCUCAAACAGAAACCAGACGAGAUUGAACGGUGCCAGACCAAGGCCUGUGGCACCUGGAACACGGGCAUGUGGUCCCAGUGUUCCGUGACAUGUGGUAAGGAUGGAGAGCAGAGUCGUCGUGUCCUUUGUCAGCUUGACGACCAGACCAUGUCCAAUAGCCUGUGUAACAUGACCACCAUGCCACCCAAUCGCCGCCUCUGUAACAACGGCCUGUGCAGUACUCGCCGGCGCUGGUACAUAGCGCCCUGGUCACCGUGCUCUGCAACCUGUGGGCGUGGCCACCAGCAAAGAGAGGUUCUGUGUGUGGAUGAGGAGGAGAACAUCCAUCCUUCCAAUGACUGUCAUGGCAAGAAACCAAGAAAUACACGGCGCUGUAAGAUGGGCAGGUGUCCUAAGUGGAAGGCUACAGAGUGGACAAAGUGCUCUGUAACUUGUGGAACUGGUAUUCGAACCCGAGGCCUCAAAUGUAAAGCCAGGCAUCAGCGAACAGUUGAUCCAGCUCUGUGUAUAAACAAGAAGAAGCCAAGACAGAGGGAGGAAUGUGUGAGAAAGCCCUGUUUCGACUUCUCCUGGUUGAAGGAGGAGUGGUCAGAGUGUUCUAAGAAGUGUGGAUUUGGUAGUAAGACUCGAACCGUGAGCUGUGUUAAUUUGGAUAGUGAGGAGGUAGAAGACUGGAACUGUGGAGGAGAGAAACGACCCAAACCCAAACGUAGAUGUAACGAGUUCCCCUGUCCCUUUAUCUGGAAUACCUCGCCAUGGACUGAGUGUAACAGUACGUGUGGUGAGGGUCUACAGGAGAGAAAGGUGGUAUGUCAGGCCGUAACUAAGGAGGGCUGGAUACUCCCAGGAGAAGUGCCAUUUACCUGUCAGUCCACAGAAAAACCUCCAGCCCAAAGGUCCUGUAACAUGGGCGAGUGUGGGGCGCGUAACCACUGGGUAGUCGGGCCCUGGGGCAAGUGUUCGUCACGCUGUGGAUGGGGAUUAAUACGCAGGCAGGUGAUUUGUGUGGAUGUCCUUGGGAGGAGGCGGUCCAAGAAACGCUGUCCCAGCACCCUGAAGCCAGACAACAAGGAGGAAUGCUACUCCGGACCAUGUUAUGCUAAGUCCUGUCAGCAGUUGAGAGAGAAAACGUCAAUACGACAUGAUGACACAUACAGCUUACUUCUUAAAAAUAGGCUCAUACAGGUGUACUGUCGGGAUAUGAGGCAGAAAGAGCCUGCAGAGUAUCUCAGCCUGCCGGUUGGGGAGGGGGAAAAUUACUCUGAGGUCUACGACAAACGAUUGCGUCGUUCUGGCCACUGUCCAUACAAUGGAACACGAACGGAUACCUGCACCAAGUGUCGUCGGACUCCAUACAGAGAGGCAGGGAACACAUCCUUCUCCAAGGUCCGGAUCGACCUCACAAACCUUCGCAUUAUGACUACAGACACAACAUUCGCCACUUCUGUUAGUGGUAAAAUCAUUCCAUAUGGCACUGCUGGUGACUGUUACAGUUCACAGACACAAUGUCCUCAGGGAAGGUUCAGCAUCAACUUGACGGGGACAGGAUUUGCCGUCUCCAGAAACACAACCUGGAUACUGCAUGGCCGUCAUUCCUCAAAAAAGAUUCAAAUCAUGCAGAACGGAGAGGUGGUUCGCGGUCUGUGUGGAGGCUACUGUGCCGUCUGCUCUCCAGACCUGUUCACCGGUUUACAGCUAGAGGUUCUCCACUGACACCUGUGAUAAUGAUUGCCAUGGACAACAUUUAUGGUGAUCACUGCCUCCUGAUCAAACUUCAAAUCAUCCCAUAAUUUCAUUUUACAAAGUUUCAUAUUCAUCAUCGUUUACUUUAUAAUUUGUGUGUGUGUUGUAUGUAUAUAUGUGGACCAUGUGUAUUUAUUUGCGAUAUAUUGAACGUUUCCGUCCGUGUACAUAGGAGAUGUAAUUGUGCAAUAACGGGUGUAAAUCUGAUGGUGAGAGCGAGGUCAAAGUACUGAGUGCUGUAAGUUUUGUUCAUUUCAUUAUAAAUAAUUUGCAUUUCUAUUUUAUGCCUAUUGAUAUUAUUUUUAUUAUGUAUUGUUGAAUUAUCUCAAUUUUUACUUAUAUGUCCAGGUUACAACCUACAAUAUAUACUUAUCCAGUCUGGUAUAAAGACUGUCGACAAAGUCAAGAUUGUGCGAAAAAAUCCUCAACAAAAUUUAUAUAAAGUCUUGUUUAUCAGUAGAUACAUGUACACAUUGUAUAUGCACAGAAUGCAUAUUCUUGAAACCAUCUUUAUAUAUACCAAUCAAAGGCAGUACUCUACAGUGUCAGCUACUGCAGUAAUACUGUUGCAGGCUUAAUCCAAUGGAUCUCUACCCAAAGUUAAAUACAUUUUUCAAAUUUGGGCUUUUAGCAUUUCUAAUGCAAAUAACUGAUGUAAAAAUAUUUGUAGAUAAAGAAUUCAAACAAUUGAUAUCACCAAUAAAAGUGAUAUGUUUAUCCAAGGAAAUGAUACCUUUUUCAUAUCAUGAGUCUAAUAUAGAAAACUUAGAUAUAAAUCGACUAAUUUAAACUACAAUGGGACAGCAUUGUCUAUGUUAUAUCGGUGUAGACAGAGCACCUGUAGGUACCAGCAUUGUCUAUGUUAUCUAGGUGUAGAAGGAGCACCUGUAGGUACCAACAUUGUCUAUGUUAUAUUGGUGUAGACAGAGCACCUGUAGGUACCAGCAUUGUCUAUGUUGUCUAUGUGUAGAAAGAGCACCUGUAGGUUCCAGCAUUGUCUAUGUUAUAUUGGUGUAGACAGAGCACCUGUAGGUACCAGCAUUGUCUAUGUUGUCUAGGUGUAUAAGGAGCACCUGUAGGUACCAGCAUUGUCUACGUUAUAUCGGUGUAGACAGAGCACCUGUAGGUUCCAGCAUUGUCUAUGUUAUAUCGGUGUAGACAGAGAACCUGUAAGUUCCAGCAUUGUCUAUGUUAUCUAGGUGUAGAAGG